AUGGAGAAGAUAGAAAUGCCCAGAGUGGCAGAGACAAGUUAUGCUGAAAUAGACGACUUAAGGAACAAACUAGUCACAAGGCCAUUCACCGUCUUUGAGGAUGAUGUCGUGAAUCUGCCCAUCAUUGUCGGCAUUCGUGGAAAAUGCGACGUUGACGGCGCAUUCUUGGCCAGUGAUGACUCGGCAAGCAACGCGUCGCCGCACCGGGAAUCCGGCUUGGUCUCUUUUCCAUUUGCAACUUGCUACCCUUCUGAGCUUGGUGUCGUUGACCACGUUGCUGGCCAAGCGCCAGCUCCCCCCUAG